AAUGGCGGCGGCAGGAGCUGCGGGGCUCUGAGCGGAGUGCGCGGCAGGCAGAGGCGCGCUCGCCCCUCCUCCCCUCGCCAGCUCUAUGUUGUGGCUCUUGCCGCGGGCGGGGGCUGCGGAGCUACGGUGAGGGGGAAGCGCGAGCCUGCGUGCCGCGGCGCCGGCCGUUUGCUGGCAGAGGCGGGCGGCGCUGGUGGCACCCGCGGGCGCGGAGCGGUGCCGCUCAGGUAGAGCCCGCCGCUCCCGUCCCUUCGGCAGGAGGAGGCUGAGGCUGCUGUGGGCGGGGGCCGCUUCAGCUCUUCCCUGCUCGGCGGUGGCUGCGGCUCGGGUCUCCAUGUCGGACAACCAGAGCUGGAAUUCCUCCGGCUCCGAGGAGGACCCCGAGACUGAGCCGGGGCUGCCUGUUGAGCUCUGCGGGGUGCUCAGCAAGUGGACCAACUACAUUCAUGGGUGGCAGGAUCGAUGGGUAGUUCUGAAAAGCAACACGCUAAGUUACUACAAGUCUGAAGAUGAAACAGAGUAUGGCUGUAGAGGCUCUAUCUGUCUGAGCAAGGCUGUGAUUACACCCCAUGACUUUGACGAAUGCAGAUUUGAUAUUAGCGUAAACGAUAGUGUUUGGUACCUCCGAGCUCAGGACCCAGACCACAGACAACAGUGGGUAGAUGCAAUAGAACAACACAAGACUGAAUCUGGCUAUGGAUCAGAGUCAAGUUUACGACGCCAUGGCUCCAUGGUGUCUCUUGUUUCUGGAGCAAGUGGAUACUCUGCGACAUCCACCUCUUCGUUCAAGAAGGGUCAUAGCUUACGUGAGAAACUUGCAGAAAUGGAAACCUUUAGAGACAUCUUGUGUAGACAAGUCGAUACUUUACAGAAGUACUUUGAUGCCUGUGCAGAUGCGGUUUCCAAAGAUGAACUGGAGAGGGAUAAAGUGGUGGAGGAUGAUGAAGAUGAUUUCCCUACAAUGCGUUCUGAUGGGGAUUUUUUACAUAAUAGUAACAGCAGUAAGGAAAAAUUGUUUCCUCAUGUGACACCCAAAGGAAUUAAUGGCAUAGACUUUAAAGGAGAAGCUAUAACUUUCAAGGCAACCACUGCUGGAAUCCUUGCUACACUCUCUCAUUGUAUUGAACUCAUGGUAAAACGUGAAGAAAGCUGGCAAAAAAGGCUAGAUAAGGAGAUAGAGAAAAGGAGAAGAAUUGAAGAAGCAUACAAAAAUGCUGUGACAGAACUGAAGAAAAAGUCCCACUUUGGAGGGCCGGACUAUGAGGAAGGUCCCAAUAGUCUGAUUAAUGAAGAAGAAUUCUUUGAUGCUGUUGAAGCUGCUCUUGAUAGACAGGAUAAAAUGGAAGAACAGUCCCAAAGUGAAAAGGUUAGAUUACACUGGCCAACUUCUGUACCUUCUGGAGAUGCAUACUCUGCUGUGGGGACUCAUCGGUUUGUCCAAAAGCCCUAUAGUCGCUCUUCCUCCAUGUCUUCCAUUGAUCUAGUCAGUGCCUCUGAUGAUGUUCACAGAUUCAGCGCCCAGGUGGAAGAGAUGGUACAAAACCACAUGACAUAUUCCUUGCAAGAUGUGGGAGGAGAUGCCAAUUGGCAGCUAGUGGUAGAAGAAGGAGAAAUGAAGGUAUACAGAAGAGAGGUGGAAGAGAAUGGCAUAGUUUUAGAUCCUUUGAAAGCAACCCAUGCUGUUAAAGGGGUAACAGGGCAUGAAGUUUGCCACUACUUCUGGAAUGUUGAUGUUCGUAAUGACUGGGAAACAACAAUUGAAAAUUUCCAUGUUGUGGAAAAUUUAGCUGAUAAUGCAAUCAUCAUUUACCAGACACACAAGAGGGUGUGGCCAGCUUCUCAAAGGGAUGUGCUCUAUUUGUCUGCCAUCAGGAAGAUACCAGCAUUCAGUGAAAAUGAUCCUGAAACGUGGAUUGUGUGCAAUUUCUCUGUGGAACAUGACAGUGCUCCUCUGAACAAUCGCUGUGUCCGUGCCAAAAUAAAUAUUGCUAUGAUUUGUCAGACAUUAGUAAGUCCACCAGAGGGGAACAAGGAAAUAAGCAGGGACAACAUCCUAUGCAAGAUUACAUAUGUAGCUAAUGCCUUUAGUGGGUUUGCUGUAUUUCAAUGUCUGUCUUCCUGUCUACUUUUAGUGAACCCAGGAGGAUGGGCGCCAGCAUCAGUGUUACGGGCAGUGGCAAAACGAGAAUAUCCAAAAUUCCUGAAGCGUUUCACAUCAUACGUGCAAGAGAAAACAGCAGGAAAGCCUAUUUUAUUCUAGUGUUAACAGCAAUGGGAACAAGACUGGGUGAGCAUUCCACAUUGGAGAAGUGACCGUUCAUACAGCACUCCAUGCUGGAAUGAAGGAUCUACAGUCUUUUAAUGGCCCAAGUUCUAGGCUUUGUAUACUGAAGUGAAGAAAUGUUGCAACACCAUGAGGCUGAAUAUUUAACACUAGCUCUCGCCAGCUAACUUUUUCUUGCCGAAUCAGUGUGUAAUUAUAAAUACAAGUAUUGAUAACAUGUCUACGGCUCUAUUUUUAUUUGCUUGCUUUAAAAGAGGAAGAACGCAUACAACUUUGAAUUACCAACAUGGGUUACUGCUUUAAUUUUAAACAAGUUGCAGAAUUUCACUGUCAACCUUCCUAAGAUACUCACGCAGUUUUUGUGCAUGUCUAAAAAGCACAAAAGACAAAUGCACAUAUAGCAUACUGUAUGUGCUUUAUAUGCACAAAAAUCUAUGUGGUAUUUGCGGGGGGAAGGAGGGACUUCAGUAAAGCCUAGGUGACUUAUUGGCAGGUUUUGUUUUGCUUUGAAUAAUCACAGUUCAUUGCUGCUGGUUUCUAUAAUGAAUCAUCUUGUUACAUAAAAUGUCAGUUAAUAACUGAGGGCUGUCAAUAUCCUUAUGACUUUGCCUUUUCUAUUGUCUUACUCUUAUGACGAUCUUUGGUUCUGAAGGAGUAAGAGUGUGAAAAGCUUUAUUUUUUCCAGAUAUCUUUAUAUUUCUAUUGUAUUUUUUAGUUAUGUAAUAUGUGCUACAGAAUUUUUGUUAUUAAACAUCAUCCAGAAAUAUCUAGGAGGAUUCUGUAUGAGAGGGCAAGAGACUGCCUGAAAGCUAGAAGCCAUCUGUCCAUGCUGUAUGUGGACUGCUCUCUUGCAUGAUAUCCAGGGCUUUCCCAAAGCUGUGAGAAGGUACACUAUAAUAUUUAUUGAAGUAAUUUGGACUACAUAAGACAACAUUCCCAGUCUAGAAUGAGGAUGAAUACUUUAUUUUCAGAUCCUGCAUGUGUCUUCCUCAUCUUAAUAAAGCCAUGCUAUGUGGUUUAUGUAGAAAAUGACUUGUGUCUUGAUCAAAAGCCCAUCAGAGAUAAAAGGAUACAUAGUUCUUAUUGGAAAGUUCCCUUUAGUUGCUGUGAGAAUUUAAAUGUCACGUAUUUGCCUGCCUUUGAUUCUGGAGAUGCUCAUUAGGAGAGGACUGUGGCAGACUGGUACUGACUUUGAGGUCUUUUAUCCAUGUCCCAUAGUUGGAAGCUCUUCAGAGACUGCUCGGUGUUUCAGUAACCUGUGUAUCUCAAGAAAAAAGUUUCAGAUAUAUUUUUUUCAAAAGCAAGCUGAAAGUCUUAUUUGAUAUAGUAUGAUAGGUGCCUGAAAAUAAAUAUAAUAUAGUAUUUUAAUGAAGAUUUAGUAAAUGACUAAAUGUGAUCUGCACAGUGUUGAAAAACCUGAUCAGUUCAUCUUCUCUGUAGAGAUGAAAUCGUACAUAACACAUGAUUACACGUGCAUGCAGAUUUCAUGCUCCAUAACUCUUCCCUUUUUAUUUGCCUUUCUAUAAUGGAGUGCAUGGAAUAUGCCUUAUUACAGAGUUGCUCUGUUAAUUUGAAUAUGUCAAAAAGUGCCUAUAUGGUAAUGCUAGUAAGGCAAAUAAGAUGAAAAUUUGUACGUUUACUGUAUCACCAGUGAGCAUUUUAUAUAGCGACGUUUAAAAAAAAAAUAAUCUUAUACCUCAAAUGUACUUCAUCUUUUUACAAUCAACCAAGCAAUGGCUCAUUCCACCAUAGCCACUGAUGGGAACUU